GGCGUACUAUCUAUUGAUAGUUCGCGUUUGUCAUUUCGUUGCAUGUUGUUAUGGUAUAUGGAAGUUGUGAAAGACAAUGGAAACAAUACUGAUGCGCAAUAAAUGAUGAUAACAUAUAAAACUUUUAUUUAAUAAAUAUUGCUUAAUUAUCUCAGAAUUAUGACUUCAGAAAUACAUCCAGAUUUUAUGCAUUAUCUUUUUUCAAAGAAAAAACAACUAACCAGCAAUCAUUCUGAAGAACUUAGUUGUAAUAUCUAUCCUCAAAGUAACUAUACAUCCAUUAAUUUAAAUACUCAUGAUUAUGGAUUUAUUCCUUUCAAUCUUAGCAUCAAUAUUGUUGUUUGGCUGUUUUUGCUGAUUCUCUUCAGUUUGUUAAGGAAACGUGCAUGGAAUUAUGGAAGACUUGCCUUAGUACAAAGAGAUAAUCAAAAAUGGACAUCACUAUUUUAUGGAGAGAGUGGCACUAACCAGAUACAAAGUGAAGAAACAGAAUCUAUUGAUUCAUUUGAUAUGAAUCUUGCUUUUGAUAAGGGUUUAUUCUCAUGGUUUAGAGCAAUCUUCAAAAUCAAUCCGAAUUCGGAUCCUCACAAAGAUGUAGAAGAAUUUUAUGACUUUCUGGGAUUAGCAGUAGAGACAAAUACUGAUGAAAAAAUAGAGAUUGAGAGUAAAUUGGGAAAUGACAACUACAUCUAUGGCAGCAUUUUAGAGAAGGAUAUUAUCCAUUUAGUUGAAGACACAAGAGUCUUUAGAGGUUUCGAAGUUGAUAGUGAUCAUCAUCUUGUACUGAGAAAAUUAAAAACAGCUAUCAAUAUUAGGAAUAGGAGAUGUAAAAAAAGUAUGUCAGUCUGUUAUGAGAAAACAAAGGUUAUGGCUAUUAGUAUAGAGAAAGAGACUUUAACAAUUAAACUUUGUAACAAAUGCUUAGAACAUAUCAAUAAGUUCUCAUACUUGGAAACAAUCUUUAACAAAGAUGGAAAGUUAGAUUUGGAAAUCAGUAAUAGAUUAAGCAAAGCAGGUCAGGCAGGGAGCCAAUUGAGCAAAUAUAUCUGGAACAAGAAAGAAAUAAGUCACAAGACAAAACUAGCUGUGUACAACACAGUUUUUAAACUUAUAUUGACAUAUGAUUCUGAGAGUUUGGUGAGAAAUAAGAGAAUUGACCAAAAAUUAGAAGCAGCAGAAAUGAGAAUUUUUAGAAAAAUUAGUGGUGUUAAUAGAUGGAUACAGUGGCAAAAUCAUAUUAAAAAUGAAGACACGAGAAAAAAAACCUUAACAAAUAUUCAGUCAAGAGUAAGCUCAGCUAAUCUGAGGUGGUUUGAACAUUUGGAAAGAAUGGGAGAAGACCAACUGGCCAAACAGGUUUUCAAAGCUAAAAUAAAGAGAAAAAACCAAAGGGAUGAUGUAGAUGAAGAUAGAUUGAUACGAGAACUACUGGAAAAAAAGAAUUGGUCCGGAAUGGGACUCGAACCUGCAACUCCUGCUUACCGUGCAGAUGCAUUGCCAAUUAUGCUACCCGGACUUCCUAAUUGGCAAUGCAUCUGCAUGGUUAUGGCUAUUAGUAUAGAGAAAGAGACUUUAACAAUUAAACUUUGUAACAAAUGCUUAGAACAUAUCAAUAAGUUCUCAUACUUGGAAACAAUCUUUAACAAAGAUGGAAAGUUAGAUUUGGAAAUCAGUAAUAGAUUAAGCAAAGCAGGUCAGGCAGGGAGCCAAUUGAGCAAAUAUAUCUGGAACAAGAAAGAAAUAAGUCACAAGACAAAACUAGCUGUGUACAACACAGUUUUUAAACUUAUAUUGACAUAUGAUUCUGAGAGUUUGGUGAGAAAUAAGAGAAUUGACCAAAAAUUAGAAGCAGCAGAAAUGAGAAUUUUUAGAAAAAUUAGUGGUGUUAAUAGAUGGAUACAGUGGCAAAAUCAUAUUAAAAAUGAAGACACGAGAAAAAAAACCUUAACAAAUAUUCAGUCAAGAGUAAGCUCAGCUAAUCUGAGGUGGUUUGACCAUUUGGAAAGAAUGGGAGAAGACCAACUGGCCAAACAGGUUUUCAAAGCUAAAAUAAAGAGAAAAAACCAAAGGGAUGAUGUAGAUGAAGAUAGAUUGAUACGAGAAGGAAAUUCUACAACUUAUAGCCACACAACCCUUACAAAUUUAAAUCCUGAGUCGUCUUUGUUAUGGAUCCAUGUUCUGUUAUCCUUUCUGUUUUUACCAUUGGUUAUAUCCUUUCUCCGACAUUUUUCUCUUACAUUAAAGUUUGAAGAAACAAAUUUGGUAACAAGAACAUUGAUGGUAGAUGGCAUUCCUAGAGAUUAUUGUUAUAAAGAUUAUCUUAUACAACAUUUUCAAGAGGCUUAUCCAGAAUGUAUUGUGCAAGACAUUCAGUUUGCAUAUGAUAUCAAUCAUUUGAAUAAAUUAGAUAAAAGAAGAGAGAUAGCUACCCAAGCAAGAAUUUGGUGUGAAAAAGAGCUAAAUGAAACAGGUGCCAGACCUAAAAUAAGACCAUAUAAAUGUGGUAGAAUAUGUUUCUGUGGACUCUGUUGCAAAGAAGUUGAUGGUUUAGACUUUUAUAUGAGAGAAGAACAUACACUGACUUCUGCUGUUGAAAAAGAGAAGUCUUUUUCACUUUUAAGACCAUUAGGAAUAGCUUUUGUGACUUUUCAAAAUGAAACAAUGGCAGAACUUGUUUAUAAAGAUCAUCAAAAACGUUGCAAAUGUAACACUAAUCCUCCAUCUUCAAGUUUAAGUCGUGUUUUAAAUCCUCAUGACUGGAAAGUGACAGUAGCUCCUCCACCAGAAGAUAUCUUAUGGGCAAAUUUGACUCAGAAAAAAGUACAAUGGUAUUUUCGAGCCUUCUUCAUUAAUUUUGGCUUGUUUAUUUUUUUGGUUUGUUUCACUACACCAGUUACAAUUGUGAAAUUUAUUAAUGUAAAUAAAGAAGAAUUGAAUAUUUUUAACAGCGUUCUUUCUGAGCAAUCUCAAGUUUUUCUGUUAUGGGCUGUAUCAGUAAUUCUUCCUAUUGCAGUUGCUUAUACAGACCAGUUUCUGUUUCAUUGGACAAGAUCAUCUUACAAUCAUUCUGUUAUGGUUAAAACAUAUCUUCUGCUUAUCUUCAUGAUACUCAUUCUACCAUCUUUAGGUGAAAUAAGCUUACGUGUAUUAAUAGAAACAACUUUGAAAAAUAAAGGCCAUUCUCCUCGAUGGAGAUGUAUUUUUCUUCCUGAUAAUGGUGCAUUAUAUGUUAACUAUGUAAUUACUGCAACAUUUAUUGGAACUGCAAUGGAAUUAAUUCGUUUUCCUGAGUUGUUUCUGUAUGCAUGUUAUCUUGGUUUUUCUCGUUCUAAAGCAGAGUAUGCUACAAUAAGAAAGGCAGCAAUGUGGGAAUUUGAAUUUGGUGUACAGUACGCAUGGUUUCUGUUAGUAUUUGCUGUAGUUAUAACUUACAGUUUAGCUUGUCCUUUAGUUGUUCCAUUUGGUCUUAUGUAUCUCUGUUUCAAACAUUGUGUGGACCGACACAAUAUAUAUUUUGCUUAUGCUCCUUCAAAAAUCAGUCAAAAUAUUCAUGCAACAGCAAUCAAUUUUGUAAUCAUUGCUGUGUUUCUUUUACAAGUCUUCUUAUUUUUCUUUUCAUAUGUCAGAAUAGGCUGGAAUUAUAUAACAAUUGUUAGUCUUGCAAUUCUAGUUUUUACGUUAUUGAUAUUUUCUGUUCGAGUUUCUCACAACUGGUUUCGCCAGCUUACCCCUAUAUCAUAUAAACAUUUAAAUCAAAGAGUAGAAUUAACAGGAAGUGGACUAGAACAGACUCCUAAAUUUUCUUCAGAAAACAAAGUAAGGAUUCAUUAA